UUGAAGAAAAAAUAUUUUGUCCACUGGUACGUAUUAUUUCUCUGUGAAGGGGAGGAGAUGUGCAGUGACGAGGAGGCGGAGUAUCCUCACUGGCCUGCAAUAACUUGUUAGAAUCUGAUGGGGAAAAAAACAUUUGAGUGACUCUUCUGGCAAACAUAAUUUCAACUCACUUGUUCAAUAUUUGGGGGAUCUACAGCGAAACCAUGCUUCACCUGUCUGUAGGCGUCUUUGUUCUGUUUUCUCUCCAAAGCUCUGCACUCCCUUCACAAAAUGGCUCCGUUCUCCUCCCUCGGACUUUUUCUGGUCACUUUGUAACGGUCACUGAUGAGCCUAUGGACUACAUUGACUUGUCUGCAUUAGACCUUUUGGGGGAUGAUGGAGGUUCUGGUAUUGGUUCUGAACAGGAGCCUGUGAAAAAACGCCAUCAUCACGCACAGAAGCACUUUCUUGUCUCAGAAGAAGCCAAAGGAUUUCUCCAGGGUCGCCUGGCAACGAGCUUCAUCCCGACUGUUUACACCCUGGUCUUCAUCAUCAGUGUGCCCCUCAACCUCGUUGCCAUGGUAAUGUUUGUGCGUCACAUCCGUCCCAGGAAGCCGGCAGUGAUCUACAUGCUGAACUUGGCCUGUGCGGAUCUGCUGCUCGGCCUGCUCCUUCCCUUCAAGAUCGCCUACCAUUACCAUGGCAACAACUGGAUCUACGGCUCCUUCAUGUGCAGAGUUGUGACUGCAGCCUUCUACUGCAACAUGUACUGCUCCGUCCUCCUCAUCAUGUGCAUCAGCAUCGACCGCUUCCUGGCUGUAGUUUACCCCAUAAACUCUCUGACGUGGCGAAGCCCUCAGACUGCUUCAGCUGUGUGCGCUGCCAUGUGGCUCCUGUCUCUGGGAGGAGUUUCCCCCCUGCUGGUCACAGGACAGACCGUCCAUUUAUCAGACCUCGGCAUCACCACCUGCCACGAUGUGCAGGACGUGGAAAAAUUGCAGGCUUACUACCUUUACUUCUUCCCCAUCUACUCCUCUAUCUUCUUCUUCAUCCCUCUGAUGUUCACUGUCGUCUGUUACGUGCAAAUCAUUCAGGCUCUGGCAGCAGCCAAUGUGGAGAACCGCUCCAGGAAGACCCGGGCCGUGGUGAUGGCUGUGGUGGUGCUGCUGGUGUUUGUGGUCUGCUUCACCCCCACCAACAUCAUCCUGAUGGUUCACUAUGUUCAGCUGGCCCACAAGUCCAACGACAGCUCCUACCAGGCCUACCUGCUCGCCAUGUGUAUAGGCAGCCUCAGCUGCUGCCUGGAUCCAGUCCUUUAUUACUUUGGCUCCUCUCAGUGCCAGAAGCAGGUGGCGGCACUACUCAGGUGUAGGCGACUGGAUCGAGCAAGGAGCAGCUCAGAAACACACAGCACAAGAUCCAGCGGAUGGACAGAGAGCAGCAGGUCAUGCAAGAUGGAGGGCGGUCAGGCCGGCCUGGGGAGCCAAUACAGCAGGCUGGAGGCUUAAAUAAACAGACAUGAGGAGCCUGGCUCUGAGAAACUCUGUGAACUUGCACACACACAUCCACAGUGUGACACAUCAGAGUCGGUGUGUAUUACCAAGUGCUCAAGUUGAAUCAAAACAAAUCUCUAGUGCCCUGCAGUGCUGGAUUUAUUUUACUGAAGCGAGCAUAUUUGAUGUAUCAGUACCUGAAAAAACAGUUAGCUUCUAUGCUGCUUUGUAAUCAUAAAAUAUAUAUGUGCAGUCAUUCUUUUCAUCAUAUUCUUGCUUUCAGUGAAAUAUGAAAAUGAAGCAGUUAGUGCAUCUAUAAUAAUGCAGUUUAAAUCAAAAAAAUGUUCCAUGUAAUGUCGUAUGAACUGCGUUGGUUGCAGACAGAAACUGUGCUCUCUAUAUGAUUUUAAUAAUGCAAUACAGUAUCUCAUCGUCUGUUACAAGUUCCUUAAGUAAAUAUUCAAAGUAGGUUGAAUCAUUAAUCACUUGAUGUACUGGUGUUCAUGAAGCCAAGAAUCUGUGUGUACAGUACAGAAAAUUCAGUCAGAACAAAUAACAUUAUACGUGUUUUUUCUUAAUA